AUGGCAAAGACCCUCAUUUCCAUCUGCUUCACCACUCUUCUGCUCGUUGUCUUGUUGAUUUCAGCCGAAAUCCCGAAGAGCGAGGCGCAGCAAUGUGACAAGUUUAUAGGUGAAGGGCCUGAAGGCACAGUGUCNAACCCAUGUANGNNAAACGAAUGUNNUGCCAGCUGCAAGGUGCUGUUCCCCAAGUCAUGUGGAGGAGAGUGCGAGAUUCAUGACAACGAAGACCAUUGCCACUGCUUGGGUUAUUAA